UCUUCGGUGUUAGCCGGCGCCUCAGCAUCCAGUGAGGUCGGGGAAGCGGAGCAGCUUUGUCUAGUCAUGUCUCGGGGCUCCAGCGCGGGGUUUGACCGGCACAUCACCAUCUUCUCUCCUGAAGGGAGACUCUACCAAGUAGAAUAUGCUUUUAAAGCAAUUAACCAAGGUGGCCUCACAUCGGUGGCAGUGCGAGGAAAAGACUGCGCAGUUGUUGUUACACAGAAAAAGGUUCCAGACAAGUUGCUAGACAGUUGCACAGUGACCCACUUAUUCCGGAUAACUGAGAACAUUGGCUGUGUGAUGACAGGAAUGACAGCUGACAGCAGGUCGCAGGUGCAGCGAGCACGCUACGAAGCUGCAAACUGGAAGUACAAAUAUGGCUAUGAGAUUCCUGUUGAUAUGCUUUGCAAGCGUAUUGCCGAUAUCUCUCAGGUGUACACACAGAAUGCAGAAAUGAGGCCAUUAGGUUGCUGUAUGAUACUUAUUGGAGUUGAUGAGGAGAAUGGUCCUCAGGUUUAUAAAUGUGAUCCAGCUGGUUACUACUGUGGCUUUAAGGCCACCACAGCUGGGGUGAAACAGACAGAGGCUACCAGCUUUCUGGAAAAGAAAGUGAAGAAGAAAUUUGAUUGGACAUUUGAGCAAAGUGUGGAGACGGCCAUCUCUUGUCUGUCCACGGUACUUUCCAUUGAUUUCAAACCAUCUGAACUUGAGGUUGCUGUGGUGACUAUUCAGGAUCCCAAAUUCAGAAUCCUCACAGAAGCAGAUAUUGACAUUCACCUUGUUGCACUUGCAGAGCGUGAUUAG